UUGUAUUUCAUCGCGACCGCGUUGCGAUGUGCUAGUAAUAUUGUGUGUUCAGGAAUCUUGGUGUAUAUUUAGACUGAUUGUGUGUUAAUCACUAAGCUUUUAUUGUUUGUUUUAAAUACCUAUACUCAUCAUGUCUGAUCGCGAGAGGAGCCGCUCGAGGACUCGCAACGGGUCUCGGGAGCCAGGUCCGAAAGCAGCAGCCAUGUCUCGCGGUCACAGCCGAAGCCGGUCACGCACGCCGCCCCCGCCAAAAGCAUCCAGCAGAAAAUACAGAAGCCCGGACUUAGCAGUUGCAGCGUCAGGGCCAAAGUCUCGGUCCCGCUCGGGCUCCCCGCGCCGCGGUUACCGCUCGCGCUACUCCCGCAGCCGUUCCCGCAGUUACUCACCCCGGGGCUCCUAUCGCCGAUCCCACAGCCAUAGUCCCAUGUCGUCCCGGAGACGGCACCUUGGUGAUCGGGUGAGGCUUUUGGAAAACCCAACUCCAUCACGUUGUCUUGGAGUUUUUGGUUUGAGUCUCUACACAACUGAACAGCAGAUUCAUCAUAUUUUCUCAAAAUUUGGCCCUGUCGACAAAGUACAAGUAGUUAUAGAUGCUAAGACGGGUCGUUCAAGAGGUUUCUGCUUCGUGUACUUCGAGUCUCAAGACGACGCGAAGGUUGCCAAAAAUGAGUGCACGGGUAUGGAGAUAGAUGGACGUCGCAUUCGCGUCGACUACUCUAUCACCCAGCGUGCCCAUACACCCACACCUGGCAUCUAUAUGGGGAAACCUACGCAUGUUAGAGGCGAUAAUGGCUACGACAGGCGUCGAGACAGAGACGACUACUACUACCGCGGCGGCUACCGCGAGCGCGAGCGCGACUACUACGCGCGCUACCGGCACCGCUCGCCGUCGCCGCACUACCGCCGGCGCCGCUACGAGCGCGAGCGCUCCUACUCGCCGCGUAUCGAAAAAAGAAGGAAUGGAUGAAGUUCCUUGAAACUUGUGUGAAAAUGUUAAUUGAAAUGAAAAACCUUUCAAAAUGGUCGCCGAUCCCAGACCAGCCAGUCUCCGGACAGAAAGUGUCGCUCGGUCGGUAAAGAAUAUGAUCGCCCCUUUGUAGCAGCUUUGUAUGAAGCUCAAGCUCGCAAGACGCAAGACGGAAGUCGCGCACAGAUCAUAUUCUUUCUCACACCUCGAACGUUACACGUUACAGUUUACAGUUACAGUAUUCUGGUACAGAUUAUAUAUAUGGUGAUCCGAUGCAUUUUAUCCGAUUAUAUGUAUUUAUCUAUCGAUUUUUAGUCUGGUAACACCGUAUUUUAGUUGUAGACUUGUUUUGUGAGCGACUUGUUAAUAAAUUGAUAGUUUUCUAAUGUCA